CGUCCAUCCCCUCCCCAACACCACCUCUGCUGCUGCCUCUGGCUUGGACCGGCACUUCUUCCCCAUCCCCGCCAGGCCUAGGACCAGCCCAGCUGUAUCCACGGCAACAGAAGCAGGAGUGUCACAGGCGGCCAGAUCACCGAGGGUCCCACAAUGUGGCCUGCGCUGUGAUUUAUCCUUGGUGAGACGGCUUGAGCCCCCUCUCUGGAUUCCAGGACCUCCCUGCUGAGAGAGCCCAGGUGCGGCCCAGCAGGACAACUGAUGGAGUCCCCCAUCCAGUACCGGACUGGCUGACUCCACAGGGUUGGGAGCAGCCUCUGCCCCUCAUUAUGGCCAAUACCACUGGAGAGCCCGAGGAGGUGAGCGGCGCACUGUCUCCGCCAUCAGCAUCAGCUUAUGUAAAGCUGGUGCUGUUGGGACUGAUCAUGUGCGUGAGCCUGGCGGGCAACGCCAUCUUGUCGCUGCUGGUGCUCAAGGAGCGUGCCCUGCACAAGGCUCCUUACUACUUUCUGCUGGACCUGUGCCUGGCCGACGGCAUCCGCUCUGCCGUCUGCUUCCCCUUUGUACUGGCUUCUGUGCGCCAUGGCUCCUCAUGGACUUUCAGUGCACUCAGCUGCAAGAUUGUGGCCUUUAUGGCUGUGCUGUUUUGCUUCCAUGCGGCCUUCAUGCUGUUCUGCAUCAGCGUCACCCGCUACAUGGCCAUCGCCCACCACCGCUUCUACGCCAAACGCAUGACACUCUGGACAUGUGCAGCCGUGAUCUGCAUGGCCUGGACCCUAUCUGUGGCCAUGGCCUUCCCGCCCGUCUUUGAUGUUGGCACCUACAAGUUUAUCCGCGAGGAGGACCAGUGCAUCUUUGAGCAUCGCUACUUCAAGGCCAAUGACACACUAGGUUUCAUGCUUAUGUUGGCUGUGCUCAUGGCAGCUACACAUGCUGUCUAUGGCAAACUGCUCCUCUUUGAGUAUCGUCACCGCAAGAUGAAGCCAGUGCAGAUGGUGCCAGCCAUCAGCCAGAACUGGACAUUCCAUGGUCCUGGGGCCACUGGCCAGGCUGCUGCCAACUGGAUCGCUGGCUUUGGCCGUGGGCCCAUGCCACCAACCCUGCUAGGUAUACGGCAGAAUGGGCAUGCAGCCAGCCGGCGGCUGCUGGGCAUGGACGAGGUCAAGGGUGAAAAGCAGCUGGGCCGCAUGUUCUACGCGAUCACACUGCUCUUCCUGCUCCUCUGGUCACCUUACAUCGUGGCCUGCUACUGGCGAGUGUUUGUUAAAGCCUGCGCUGUGCCCCACCGUUACCUGGCCACCGCUGUUUGGAUGAGCUUCGCCCAGGCUGCUGUCAACCCGAUCGUCUGCUUCCUGCUCAACAAGGACCUCAAGAAGUGCCUGAGGACUCACGCCCCCUGCUGGGGCACAGGAGGUGCCCCAGCUCCCAGAGAACCCUACUGUGUCAUGUGAAGCAGGCUGGUAGGCAGACAGACAGGGAGUAGGUCAUGGCCACCAUGAUGGGGCCAACAGAAAGGGAGGGGUAGGGGCCCAUACAGGAGCCUUUCUUUCUGAGCUCCAGCUCCAGCCCCUCAAACCACCCAGAAUCUAGCACCUUUGCCAACACCUCCCCAGCUGGGGGGGCACUUGGGAAGGGGUGUUUCUAGUUCUAGGGCCUGUCUCUGCUGCCUCUUUUUCCACUUCUACAAUCAAUCAAAAUCAAUCUCUCUCUCUCUCUCUCUCUCUCUCUCUC